AUGGUUUACACAUCUCAUGCAUUAAGGUACUCUUUACCCUCAGGCGGCUUCUUCAUCUUUCCUUUCCAAGACCUUAGUUAUAGGGAAGGUAUUCGAAUUUAUGGGGACGAUGAUGGCUUACAUUUUCAUUUGAAUCCUUGCCCUAUCGAGAAACGGUCGCGGAAAAUCAGUCAGAAAUCUGAAGAAAUGCUUUUACCCGGUAAACCUGAUGUGGAACCAAGUUCACGGCUACAUACAGUUCCUGUGGAAUCGCCCACGACAGCACUGAAAGAAGAUGACGAGUGGGAACGGAAUUUUUACGAACGAGUGAAACAUGAUUUUACUGUUCCUGCCUAUUUCAAGACUACUCUCGGAAUUCUCGUAGCCAACAAUCAAGAUCUCCGGAAAGAAAGGGCCUUCCUCCACAGUCAUCUCAGUCAAUCUCGCCCGUGA